AGAGUUGGUUAGUGAAUGGUGUCGCGGGGCUUAUCCAAGGAGGAACCACAGAGUGAUGUGAUGACACAGUAGUUGAGGAAGCAGAGAGUUAGGGACGCAAAGGGAAAGUGCCAUACAAGUUAGAAAUGCACUCACACUCAUAUAGCUUGCUACGCCCACAUUCACUCCUUUCAUUUCCCAAACCAUUCGCUUCCUCUUCUUUUGUUCUUCUUCCUUCCACUCUCCUCUCUAAGAGUAAGAGGUACCUCCCUCCGCAAUCUUCAACUUUCUCCUCUUGCAUUUGCUGCCCAAUUUUCCGAAAUGAAACCAAAUGCCGAAUUCUCCUUUCAACUCCUUCCUGCAAUCAACCGCCACGUUUUGGAAUUGAUAAGCUUCGGGGUACAGGGGAAUUCACUCGUGCUUACAAGAAUUGCUGCACAGCAGCACACAGUUGCAACAAUUCGGGUGAAUCAGUUGGUGACAACUCCAAUUUGGAAUGUCACUUAGCCCAACCUAUUGUUUCUUCUGCUGGUGAUGGUUUAUCCAUUGAGAUUCUCAAGUUUAUGCUGCUCUUUGGGUUCCUCACACUUGAAGACUCUUAUCCAGCUGCUGCUGCUGCUGCUGCUUCUGAUUUUACCAGUGGUUUGAAUCCACUUCCUAUCUUUGGUGAUAUCGGUGACAUAAGCACAGGUUUUGCUUCAGCAUUUCUGCUGAUCUUUUUCUCUGAACUGGGAGACAAGACCUUUUUUAUUGCCGCACUGUUAGCAGCUAGGAAUUCCGCUGGUGUUGUUUUCAUUGGGACAUUUGGCGCACUUGCGGCAAUGACUCUCAUAUCUGUUGUUCUUGGACGAACUUUUCAUUAUGUUGAUGAAAUCUUGCCGUUCAGGUUUGGAGAAACUGAUUUACCUGUUGAUGACAUUGCUGCUGUUUGCCUAUUGGUUUACUUUGGGGUCUCUACCCUGCUGGAUGCUUCCUCUAGUGAUGGCCAAAAAUCGGAUGAUGAGCAGAAGGAGGCAGAGCUUGCAGUUUCAGAAUUUUCUGGAAAUGGUGCUGGGAUACUAGCUGCUGCUAGCACAGUCGUGAGCACUUUUUUCUUAGUUUUUGUUGCUGAAUGGGGUGAUAAAUCAUUUUUCUCCACAAUUGCCCUUGCCGCAGCUUCUUCACCCCUUGGAGUAAUAGCUGGAGCACUGGCCGGUCAUGGUGUUGCAACUUUGCUAGCUGUCCUUGGGGGCUCUCUACUGGGUACAUUGUUGUCAGAGAAGGUUAUUGCCUACAUCGGAGGUGUUCUCUUUCUCGUCUUUGCUGCAGUAACCUUAUUUGAAAUCGUGCAAUAGAGGUUAAAAGAAUUGCAAUAUAAGCUCAGUACAAAGUCAUCAAGAACGCAUUGACCUCCAGAGUUUUAGUCGCACUUCCUUUAUUAAAUUUUUUUAAUGUGGCCUCCCAAAAAAAGAAGAAGAAAAAUCACUGUAUCUUUUUUACAAAUAGUUGAUCUACCUUUUAUUGCGAUCCUCAUGAAUUAGGUCAUGUUAGUGCUACUUGCAUUAAAAUUUUAAUUACUUAAAUUAUGUGACAUAUUUCUUAAUCGCUACUGUAAAAAC